AUGUCUGAUGCCGUUGCUGCUCCUAAGUCGCCAGCCAAGAAGGCUGUGAAGGCAAAGAAACCAGCCAAGCCUGCCCUCCAUCCAAAAUGCGCCGUGAUGAUUGUCGAUGCCGUCAAAGCGCUGAAGGACAAGAAGGGUUCAUCCAGGAUCGCCAUUAAGAAGCACAUCGCUGCCAACUACAAGGGAGUAGACAUCGACAAGCUUAACAAACGGAUCAACGCUGCUCUUGCUGCCGCAACUAAAGAGGGAGGUGCACUCGUCCCGGUCAAGGGGAGCUACAAGCUCAGUGCCGCCGCCAAGAAGCCUGCACCAAAACCCAAGGUCGCCAAGAAACCAGCCAAGAAACCAGCUGCCAAGAAGCCUGCUGCCAAGAAAACUCCCAAGAAGGCGAAGGCCACCAAACCAAAGGCUGCUGCCAAGAAACCAGCUGCCAAGAAGAGUCCCAAAAAGAAGGCUGCCAAGAAGCCUGCUGCCAAGAAAGCCGCCCCUAAGCCCUCGAAGAAACCUGCCGCUAAGAAAGCUGCCAAGCCAAAAGCUAAGACCACCAAAGCCAAAAAGGCGUAAGGUGUGUCCGCCGA